AUGUGGUCAAAACCACUGCCCGGUCAUCUGGCCCAAGUGGCCGACUCUCUCCCGCCCGAGGUCACUGAGGCUCUGAGUAACUUGACUUGGACACAAGGCUUUGUUGCAUUUGUUGCCUUGUUUAUCAUAGUACCAAGGGUAUUUGAGCUUUUACGAAACAUCCUUUCUCCAGUUAGCCGCAUUCCUGGUCCUCUUAUCAACAAACUCAGCCCUUGGCCUUUGGAGAUUGCCACAUUUAAGGGAAAGAGCCAUCGUUUCGCUCGUGCUCUUCAUCAGAAGUAUGGCCCGAUCGUUGUCCUCGCUCCCAACAUGAUCUCUGUUGGUGACGCCAACGAGAUCAAGCGUAUCAUCCAGAAUGAAGACUGGGUCAAAUGUGAAGCCAUCUAUGGCAACUUCAGACAAGACCCGCACCGUCCAACACUGCUGGCCUUCACCGAAAAGAAGGCCUAUUCCCGCAGAAAGCGCAUGUUAUCUUCCAUGUUUGGCAUCCGCUACAUCCGUAGCCUUGAACCUCUCAUGAAGUCGUGCGUCGAUGCUGGUGUUGCCCAUCUUGACAAGCUCUGCGAGAACUCCAAUAACAGCACUGUCAUUAAUCUCCAACACUUUAUCCAUGGUUUAGCCAUCGAUACUAUCGGGGCUACUACUUUUGGUGGUAGCUUCAACGUUGUCGAGAAUGGAAGUCAUCCCCUCCCAUCUCGGCUGAAAGCUGGCAUGAAGAUCUCUGCUGUGAUGCAGCUCAUCUCAUGGAUAAAAUACAUCCCUUUCCUCCCAAAACGGGAUCCUUACAUUGAAGAAUUCACGUUCAACAUUGUCGACAAGCGCCGCAAGGAGUCUGGAGACGUCAAGCAUCAAGACCUGCUUCAGCAUCUCGUUGAUGUCAGUGACGACUCUCCCAGCUCUGAGUUCCGCACGUCAGAUGUUCAAGAUGAAAGCGUGAUCCUUUUGGCAGCUGGCAGCGAGACAACAGCCAAUGCCGAACUCUUCACCAUCAUGCAACUUCUCAAGCAUCCCAAUAUUAUGAAGAAGCUGGUUGAAGAAGUUGACAAAUGGUAUCCUCCCAGCGAGCCUGACCGCGACACGGAAUGUGCCUACUCUCAAGCGGGAAUGACCUACCUGCAAGCUUGCAUCGACGAGACCAUGCGUCUUAUCCCCGGUCAAGCUACAGGUAGCCCACGCGAUGCAUCCAAACAGGAAACCGUGCUUGGAUACCGCAUUCCCAAAGGUACUACCGUGUUUCCCAACACCCAAGAAGCACACCUCAACCCUGAUAACUGGGAGAAUCCCGAUCAGUUCAUUCCAGAGCGAUGGCUUGACAUUUACUCGCAGAAUCAGACGUCUUCCGUACCGUACUGGCCAUUCUCAGCCGGUAGCCGUGUAUGUGUUGGCAAGCACUUCGCUUUCCAGGAGAUGCACAUUUCUCUCACGACGCUUCUACGGAAAUUCAGCUUUGAUGGGCGGCAGUAG